AGAGAGAGAGAGAACAGAGUGGUUAUUUUCCACCGUCUGUUCCGCCGGGUUUCAUUACCGUGGCAGAGAGGCACCUGGGAAAGACCUGCGGCAGGCUGUGUGUUUCUCAAUAUGGAUGUGGAAUACGUGCUCACCUUUCUGUUUUGGCCGCUAAGAACAGACGGAAAGGAGAUUAAAGGAAGGGGAAAAGAUGGAUAGCAGGCGGAUUACCUGGGAACAGGAAAUGUUGAAAAGGUGUGUGAGCCAGCGGAGGUGUCGUUCAGUUCAGAUGGAUGUGAUUGUUGAGCGUUCGCUGUAACAGAAGCCUUUCCUGUCUGAAAUAUUCGAAGGCUUGAAUCAUCCUUCGCCACGUUUCAGUGAAAUGGCUCCAAUGGACAUUGUGGCUUUGAGUUUGCAGGUGUGUCUGCAGUUUUCCCCCAAGCGCUGGGAACACACUCCGCAGAUGAGAUGAGAGAAUUGUAAGAGAUUGUGACAGAGCACACACAUACCUGUCUAAACAGCUAAACUGCUCAGAAGAACAUGUGUGUGUCUGUGUGAUUGCACAACUCCAGGCAAUGGAAUGUGUGAACCUCUCCCAGUUAACGGGAACUCUUAGUUUGUCCAAACUGGACAGGCACAAGUGCUGAGUUAUGAAAAUGUGGUGGAUGCGGGUUCAGGGUCCGAUGAGGAGGACAGACUGCUGGGUUCUGAGGGCGAAGGCAGUCCAGCAGGUGUGCCGAGCCUGGAGGCUUCACCCCGGGUAGCCGACGGCCUGUUCUCUUGCCGGGAGGAUGAAGAAAACGAAAGCCGGGAUGGGGCAGGGGCCCAUGUCUGGCACCACGAAGACCUGAAUGGUUCAGAGGAAAGAAAAGCUGAGUACAACUCAAUGAGCCCUGACAUCUCUCUUCAUGGAAUUGGAAAUGGUACAGUUAAGGGUAUUGAUGCCUCUUCAGAGCUGGAAAGCUUCUUUGCCAAGAGGAAACUGGAUGACGGUGAGGGACAUGCAGCGAGCAUUGCAGAAUACCUGCAGGAUACUGUUAUCAUUUAUCCAGAAGAUCCAGACGAGGGUACACGACUAGGAACACCGGAGGCCAACGGACAAGAUGAAAAUGAAAACGAUCUGGCACUGAGGACGCCAGAUGCCUUUGCCCAACUGUUGACCUGCCCCUACUGUGACCGGGGCUACAAGCGGCUGACCUCUCUGAAGGAGCACAUCAAGUACCGACAUGAGAAAAACGAUGAGAGCUUCCCCUGUCCCCUGUGCAGUGACACCUUCGCCUACCGCACCCAGCUAGAACGCCAUAUGGCCACACAUAAGCCUGCCAGAGAUCAGCCUCAACUGCUAAACGAAGGGGCUGGUAACCGCAAAUUCAAAUGCACAGAGUGUGGAAAAGCCUUCAAAUACAAGCAUCACUUGAAGGAGCACCUCCGCAUUCACAGUGGUGAGAAGCCAUAUGAGUGCUCCAACUGCAAGAAGCGCUUCUCCCACUCUGGCUCCUACAGCUCCCACAUAAGUAGCAAGAAAUGCAUUGGCCUUAUCUCUAUUAAUGGACGGGUACGCCAUGGAGUCAACAGCAAGCCUGGCUCAUCACCAAACUCUGCUGCAUCCUCCCCUGGCAGUCCUGCCUUAGCUCAGCUCCGUCACAAACUGGAGAACGGCAGGUCCAUGAGCUUUCAAGACCCAUUUGCCCACCCAGACAUCAAGUCUGAGCCCAUGGACUUCAAUGAUCGUCUUAUGAUCGCAUCUCAACAAGAAUAUGGUGGGUCAGGAACCUUUCUCAAUGGCGGUGGCCGUAGUCCUCCAGGGAUGCACAGUUCAUCUCAGAACCCCCUGCAACAUCUAGCCAUUGGGUCGGAUUCUCAUCUAUUGGGCUAUCCAGCGUUCAUCAACAACAUGAGUGAGGUUCAGAAGGUUCUUCAGAUUGUGGACAACACAGUUUGCCGACAGAAAUUGGAUGGCAACCCUGAAGAGAUAUCUAAGCUUAGAACAUACAUAAAGGCAUUAGGCUCCCAGAUGGAGGAGCAGAAUCGGGUACUAGCCUCCCAGCAAGGCUUCCUUGGCGUUGGACACAACAGUCCCACCAAGACUAUCAUUGACUACACACUGGAAAAGGUCAAUGAAGCCAAAGCAUGUCUCCAGAGUUUAACAGAAGACUCUAAGAGGCGAGCGGUGGAUAUAAAAAAAGAAAGACCAAGCCACGCCAUGGAUCUUCUAUCUGAAGACAAAGCACAGGAGAGGGAUGCGCAGUACGCACCAUUCUCUUGUCAGUAUUGCAAGGAGACGUUUUCUGGCCCUAUUCCAUUACAUCAACACGAGCGCUAUCUCUGCAAGAUGAACGAGGAGAUCAAGGCUGUCCUCAAACCUAAUGAUACUGUACCAACCGGCCGCAGGGGACUUAUUGGCUCAGAGCAGCAUGAUGGUGUGAUCUCCUCAUCUUUUGAGAGGAAUCCCACCAGCCCAGUCAACCCCUACAAGGAUCACAUGACAGUACUGAAAGCCUACUUUGCCAUGAACACUGAGCCCAACUCAGAGGAAUUGAGGAAGAUCUCCAUGGCGGUGGGUCUUCCUCAGGAGUUUGUGAAGGAUUCAUUUGUGCAAUGGAAAGCUCAAUCUCACCACAGCUUCUCGAGGAAAAGAUCUCCUCCCCUUGAGCGAAGUGGAGAGCUCAACCAUGGCUUGAACAGGGAGUCCACUUUUUCCCGGUCACCUAUGUCUCUGGGUCAAUAUGGCGACUCAACGGCGGAUAUCCAAGCUAUCACCAAUGGGGAUUCAGGGCAGAAGUCGUCCAAACCACAUCAGUUUACAGGCAUCAGGCAGACCAAUGAAAAGCCACUUGACUCUGUGGACCACAUAAGGGGUGAGACACCCUCACCUUUGAAUCUCUCAUCAUCAUCAUCCAAACACUCACAUAGCAGUUCGUACACUCCUAACAGCCUUGUCUCUGAGGAUGCCCAUGGGGAACCUCUGGACUUGUCUUUGCCAAAACAAGUUUACAAGGCAGAACGGAGACCCAAACACAAUGGGUUUUCUGUAGACCAGACUAGCAACUCCUCUGCACGUGAAUCAGGAACAGAGCCUUUAAAUUUGGCCCACAUCAAGAAGGAGUUCAAUGGGCACAAUAAUUUGGGCAAUGAAAAUCAGCUGGAGAAAAGCUCAAGCCCCAUCUUUAGUAUAAACCCCUUCGGUGGUGGGCACAUGUACACCUCGCUUCCACCUCACGGAGCAUUCCCUCCCCCUACUUUUAUGUCUACGGCUCAAGCCAGCAUCCCGGGACUCAGGCCUUACCCAGGGUUGGAUCCCAUGAGUUUCUUACCACCUAUGGCUUACACUUACGCAGCAGGGGCAGCCACUUUUGCUGAGAUGCAGCAACGGCGGAAAUACCAGCGGAAACCAGGCUUCCAGGGGGAGCUAAUGGACAGCACAGGGGACUAUCUGUCAGGGCUAGAGGACCUGACAGACAGCGAGUCGCUGCUCGCCCGGAAGAAGAUUAAGAAGACUGAAAGUGGUAUGUACGCGUGUGACUUGUGCGACAAAACAUUCCAGAAGACCAGUUCCCUCCUAAGACACAAAUAUGAGCACACAGGAAAGCGGCCUCACCAGUGCCAGAUUUGCAAAAAGGCCUUCAAACACAAGCACCACCUCAUCGAGCACUCACGUCUACACUCGGGCGAGAAACCCUACCAGUGUGACAAAUGUGGCAAGCGCUUUUCCCACUCCGGCUCUUACUCGCAGCACAUGAACCACCGAUAUUCCUACUGCAAACGGGAGGCGGAGGAGCGUGAGGCCGCCAAACAAGAUAGCCAUGACAAUGGCGGACCCCUGGAGCCCACGGAGCUCCUAAUGCGUCAGGCUUACCUUCAAGGCCUCGGGCCCCUGGGCUUUUCGGAUCCAGAGGACCAGAUGGAGGACAUCACACGAGAAAACACCAUCUUGAGAGAUGGCACUGAGGGUCGGGCCAGGGAGGCAGAGGAGGCGUAUCCGGAAGUGACUGACAGGCAAGAGACAGAGUUGGUGGAGGAAGAGGAAAUGGAGGCAGAGGGGCGGAGAUUUGGAACUCAGAGCCCUGAAGGGACAGCAAAAGAUGAGAAAGAGAGAAAAGUAAUGGGAGGGACAGAGGACGAGAGCUCGGAAGAGGGGAAAUUAGCGAGCAAAAGAAAUCCUGACUGCGAGAAUGAGGAUGCUGAUUAACUACUGCAUUUCGGAAUAAGCUUCUUGUUUUCUUUUUCCCUCAAGCUUGCAUCGUGCCCUUCUUCCGCCCCUUUUGGAGGGACUUUGAGCCAGAUUCAUUUGUACCACACUGCCACGUCUUGGUUAUCUGAACGUGCGCCUGAGGCUUGCACUCAAUGAAAUAAAGAGUGGAACUUCAUAAUCAGGCAUCAGAAACUAAGAUGGAACAUGAAGGAAUCCAUAUUAUGCAAAAAUACAAGUGAUAACGAUUGUCAGAAUAAAAUUUAAAGAGAGUUUUUUUUUUAAAUGUACAGAGGUUUCAGCCAGAAAGCUGUGUGGUGCUGAUUUCCAUAUAACUCCUGUGUUUCAUUGUGGUCGUAGCACAAGCCUGGAAAUUGCACUCUGAAAAAAAAAAAGCAUUAGAAAAAAGUAAAAACAAAAAACAAAAAUAAAAUGAACAAAAAACACUUAGGUAAAAAAGCAUUGCCUAUAUGUACUUAUACUGCGCUUGAAGACGCAGGAGUGUGUAAGUGUUAUAUUUCGUCUAUCACUUACUGUGAUACCCUUGGUUUUACCUUUCUUUUCCUGACCAGCUAUUCAAGUUUUGGCAUCUCACCAUGGCUUUUUAGGAAGCGACUUUAAAUAAAUAAUAUCUACAUGAUUCUUAAACGUACAAAGUCUUAAAGUUGGCCAGGGGUGGAUGGAAAGAGUCUGGGUAACUGUAAUGACGGAGGCUCAUUGUAUGAGGUGACGUCAGAACCCCUGUGUUGUUUUUUUUCGUUCGAGAAAAGCCUUAUAUGCAAACCCUUUCACCUGUGUUUUCUGCAAGUGCCAUCCUUGUACAGUAUAAAGCGAAGUUAACUAGUGUUCUCUUUGCACCUGCUUUAGUAUUAAAUGAAAUAUUUCACCUUGUCAUUUGAAAUACCUACGUCAGUAUUAGUAUUAGACUGCAGUUGUUUAGUUUACAUAUUGUUUGUGCAAUUUUCUGUAUUUUUUUAAGAUCAUCUGUCAGUAUUAUCUUGGUUUGUUUUGUUUCGUUCAAUACAAAGUUCAUUUUUAUUUUAAACUACCAUUUUAUUUAUGUGACUCAUUUUAUAUUUCCUAAUUAUAUUUAUUUCAUACUGUAGUGUACAGUAUUAUAGUUCCUUGAUAUAGAUAUAUUUUAGUAAAUAAGGAUCCUUACAAGUGGAGCAAAUUUUACGUAAAGAGAGCAUUUAUUGUAUCUGGAGCGAUUGCUGUGAAUUGCUCUUACUACACUUACCUGAUGAAGGAGAAUCUACAAUUUGGGAACUUUUGAUACAAUAUUGUGAAAACACUGUAUUUUUGACUGAAAGGAAAAAAAAAUUCCACUUUAUUCAUCUUAUUUGUUUUUCCUUUUUCCCUUUUUUAGCUAAAGAAUGAGGGGGGAGGGGGGAUGUGGUUGUUGGGAUUCUUUGAAAUGUCUGUUGAAGUAUAAUUUAAUUUUUAAUUUGUAAUUUUUCUUGAAAAUGACCUUGCUCGAAUAAAUGUAGCCCAAUUUAAUUUUGAAAGCCUGUGUAACAUCUCACUUAACGACUCACUUAAAUUUCCUCACAAAUUGUCAGAUGUCGACACAUUCAAUUUAUCGGGGUGGCAGUGGCUCAGUGGUUCGUUAGGUCAACUACAAACCUGAAGGUUGGUUCCAUGAGCAAGACACCUAACCCCAGGUGCUCCCGAUGAGCUGGAUGGUGCCUUGUAUGGCUGACACCACCGUCGGUGUAUGUAUAAAUGGUGCGUUGGUGGCCAUUGGGUCUGUGAAAGCGCUAUAUAAAUGCAGUCCAUACCAUUACUUUAAAUACUAAAUAACCAUUCCCAUAUAGCCAAGAAAAAAAUGUGUUCAAAUAGUUAGCAAUUUAGUAUCUUUGAUAUAAUGUGUGUGUGUGUGUGUGUGUGAGUGUGUGAGAGAGCAUGUACGUGUGCCUUAUUGUGCAAGUAAUAAGGAGUGUCAUCAAUAUUAUAAAUCACCUCCAUAAAUUGGAGAAAAAAGAUCAGACUUUAAUAUUCCUCAGUAUCAUUUUCUGUGCUAUCAUUUAAUUAAUUACUGGAACCUUUACCUUUUGAUGUGGAUUACACAUAGCAAUAUAAUCCACCUUAUCAAAGUCCCUCACAGUAUGAUAGCCUUCUAUUAGUCUCUUUGAAGUUGAAUGAUGUUGGGUUGCGCUAAAUUAACAUCAGCUGCAGGCUGCCAAACUGGCUGUGAAGACUCAAUGUUGGAACUCUAUGGAGUUCCAUUAACCAUGACCUUGCUAAUUUUCUCAACUCACAUACUCAUCUCAAGUUUAAUUUUCAAGGAACUAUUCAAGACACUUUUCUCCCUGCAGGGAUGUACAGUCCAUUUCAUUUUAGAAGCUAAGGUUACUGUAUAAAUUGCCCUACCAAAUUGAACCGCAUAGUACAUAAGCUGCAAUUUUUUAUUUAUUUAUUUUUUUGCAAAACAAAUUUUCUCUGCUGUCCAAUUUUUGAUGGGGUAACUAAAUAAAUGCAUCAUGCAUGAGUGGUAAAACCACUUAAAUGUGUAUAUGUUCUGACACUGAAUGGUGAUAUUUGGGAUACUUUAUAUGAAAUAAUAUGCUAAAUAAUAUGCUAAUUAUAAUAGAAGUGUAUUACAAGUGUAAUGAUCUGGUCUGAGACUGUACCUGUAGUUGUUCUUUUCAUGUGGUUUUCCGUUCAGGUGAUUAUCUAAAGGGGCUGUUGUAAGCCUCUGCAUUAAACACACACAAAUAAAUAAAAUGCCC